GGGGGAGACAUGGAAGCGGCUCCGAAAGCGAGCAGGCGGGUGCCCGCGUUGUGCUGAUGAAGGCUCCACGCUAACGUUGGCAGAGACAUGAGUAACAACACGGGCCAGCACACGGCGAUCUUUGUGGUUCUGUUUGCUCUGGUCAUGCUACUGAUCAUCUACAGCUCCAACAGUGGGAACGAAGUCUUUCACUACACAAACCUGCGGAGCAAGUCCCAUCGUCCACCUAACCUCAAGAAAUGGGGGCUGAAGAACGGAUACCUCCCUGUAUAUGGAAACAAGACUCUGAAUUCCCACUGCCACCAGUGUGUAAUCAUCACCAGCUCCAGCCACCUGCUGGGGAGCAAGCUAGGCUCAGAGAUCAACCAGGCAGAGUGCACCAUCCGCAUGAACGACGCCCCCACCACCGGCUAUGAGGCAGAUGUGGGCAACAAGACAAGUUUCCGCGUGGUGGCUCACUCCAGCAUCUACCAGGUGCUAAAGAAGCCACAGGAGUUUGUGAACAAGACCCCGGAAACCAUCUUCAUCUUCUGGGGACCACCCAGCAAGAUGCAGAGGAGCCUGCUCAGGAUCAUCCAGCGUGUCAGCAUGUCCUUCCCCAACAUGUCAGCCUACGUUGUGUCCCCUGGUCGUAUGAAGCAGUUUGAUGACUUGUUCAGGGGAGAGACUGGGAAAGACAGGGAGAAGUCCCGGUCAUGGCUGAGCACAGGCUGGUUUACCAUGGUCAUUGCUGUGGAGCUGUGUGACAAGGUGCAUGUCUAUGGCAUGGUCCCUCCUAACUACUGCAGCAAGAGGUCUCAGCCCCACAAGAUGCCGUAUCACUACUACGAGCCCAAGGGUCCGGAUGAGUGUACAAUCUACAUCCACAACGAGCGCAGCCGCAAGGGCAACCACCACCGCUUCAUCACAGAGAAACGGGUCUUUGCCAGCUGGGCAAGCCUCUAUAACAUCACCUUCUCCCACCCAUCCUGGCCCUAGGGGCUUCGCCAGGGAACACAGAGUCAGUCAAGUGCCAAACGUGACUGGUGUCAAGAGCGGGAUGUCUCUGACUCAAAGGGAGAACAUCUGUGGUACGAACCCUCUGAGCCAGGGGCUCAGAGGUAAGAGAGGCCACACACUGCUGCUAUCAGGAUUCUCUGUCCAGGGGCUGUAUGGUCAGGAAGGGCUGGGCUUGAGGGGGGACAGGCUGGGACAGUGCCUGUGACUGAACACACAGGCUGGGCCCUGGAAGCACAGCCACACACUGGGCUUGGUUCGUGUUACACCCCCCUAAGGCACAGUCAUGCACAUCACAGGAUCUGUGCUUCGGGGUGGCGGCACCACUUCUGUGACAAGAUGCCUGCCCCAUGCUCAUUAUCAACCCUGAGGCUGCCCUUG